AAUUCUUUAUUAAAUAAAUGAAUGUGGUAUUUGAGACACUGCUGACGUCACGUAAACUUACACACAUAAAGUAAAUGUCUUACAAAAUUAAAAUACUAUGAAGGAACCUGUUGUAGUUGUAAAAAAAAUUAAAAAUUCGCCAUCGGUGUCAGUUGGUGGCGGUAAUGCGCCAUUUUGUUUUCCAACCGCCAAAACUCAAGAAGAAGAAGACGAAGAAGAACUACGUCUCCCAGCCCGCAUAGCGUCUUGACGUCAUCAUAACAGGAAGUACCGGAGGCACGGUCGGUAGGUGAGCGAGAAGAAGAAGAAGGAGAAAUGACAGAAGUGUGAACUCACCUUCUGCCCAUGGCCGCCGCCCCGGAGGAGCGACACGGACACGGUCGGAACGAAUAGACGCGACGGACCGGUGAGAGGAGGAGGAGGCGGCGGCGGCUCUGCUCCCGACGACGGUUCUCCCGCUGGAUCCGUUCACCUAUGAUGGAACGGGCGAUGGAGCAGCUCAACGUACAGCUCAGCCGGCUGACCCGCUCCCUCCGCCGGGCCCGGACCGUGGAACUCCCGGAAGACAAUGAGACUGCAGUGUACACACUUAUGCCAAUGGUCAUGGCUGAUCAACACAGGUCAGUGUCAGAGCUGCUGCUCAACUCCAAGUUUGACGUGAACUACGCCUUCGGACGGGUGAAGAGAAGUCUGCUGCACAUCGCUGCCAACUGUGGCUCAGUAGAGUGUCUGGUUCUGCUGCUGAAGAGAGGAGCCAACCCAAACUACCAGGACAUCUCGGGCUGCACCCCUCUGCACCUCGCCGCGAGGAAUGGACAGAAGAAGUGCAUGGGCAAACUGCUGGAAUAUAACGCUGAUGUCAACAUCUGCAACAACGAGGGACUGACUGCGAUCCACUGGCUGGCAGUGAACGGGCGGACGGAGCUCCUCCACGAUCUGGUCCAGCACGUCACCAAUGUGGAUGUGGAGGACGCCAUGGGUCAGACGGCUCUGCACGUGGCCUGUCAGAAUGGACACAAAACUACGGUGUUGUGCCUUCUGGACAGCGGCGCUGACAUCAACCGGCCAAACGUCUCCGGAGCCACGCCUCUUUACUUCGCCUGCAGCCACGGUCAAAGAGACACGGCGCAGAUCCUGCUCUCUCGAGGGGCCAAGUACCUCGCCGACAAGAACGGAAUCACUCCUCUGGAUCUCUGUGUGCAGGGUGGAUAUGGGGAGACCUGCGAGAUCCUCAUCCAGCACCACGGCAGAUUGUUCCAGACCCUCAUCCAGAUGACACAGAAUGAUGAGAUUAAAGAGAGCAUGCUCAGGCAGGUUCUGGAGCAUGUUUCUCAGCAGAGUGAUGGUCAUUACCCGAGGAUCCUAACAAGUCUUGCUGAAGUGGCGACCACCAAUGGACACAAGCUUCUCAGCCUGUCCAGCAGUUUCGACGCUCAGAUGAAGAGCCUGCUGAGAAUAGUUCGUAUUUUCUGUCACGUGUUCUGCCUUGGGCCGUCGUCGCCCAACAGCGGCAACGACAUGUGCUACAACGGCAACAAGACGCCGCGCAGUCAGGUCUUUAAGCCACUGGAGCUGCUGUGGCACUCACUGGACGAGUGGCUGGUGCUCAUCUCCACGGAGCUGGACCGCAACAGGAAGAACCCGUCCUCCUCGUCGUCCGGGAGCGAGAUCGCCUCCCUGCUCCUCAAGCAGUGCGAGGCCACCGACAACUCUGGCUCGGCGCCGAAGAUCCCCUCCCUGAUGGACCCUCAGAUCGUCAUUGAGACGGAGGUCUACGCCGACGGGGAGGACGUCAUCUCCAUGACAGCCAAUCGGCUCAGCGCCGUGAUCCAGGCCUUCUACAUGUGCUGCUCCUGUCAGAUGCCACAAGGGAUGACGUCCCCGCGCUUCAUCGAGUUCGUCUGCAAGCAUGACAACGUGCUCAAGUGUUUUGUAACCAGGAAUCCAAGGAUCAUCUUUAACCACUUCCACUUCCUCCUGGAGUGUCCAGAGUUAAUGUCACGCUUCAUGCAUAUUAUUAAGGGCCAGCCCUUCAAGGAUCGAUGCGAGUGGUUCUACGAGCAUCUGCUGGCCGGCCAGCCAGACUCCGACAUGGUUCAUCGUCCGGUCAACGAGAACGACAUCCUCCUCAUCCACAGAGACUCCAUAUUCAGGAGCAGCUGUGAGAUGGUUUCCAAGUCCACCAACGAGAAACUCAAACAGGGCAUCGCUGUCCGCUUCCACGGCGAGGAGGGGAUGGGUCAGGGUGUGGUCCGGGAGUGGUUCGACAUCCUGUCCAACGAGAUCAUCAACCCCGACUACGCUCUGUUCACUCAGUCGGCUGAUGGCACCACUUUUCAGCCCAACAGUAACUCCUCGGUGAACCCAGACCAUCUGAACUACUUCCGGUUUGCAGGUCAGAUCCUGGGCUUGGCUCUGUACCACCGACAGCUGGUGAACAUCUACUUCACCCGCUCCUUCUACAAACACAUACUGGGUAUCCCAGUGAGCUACCAGGAUGUAUCAUCCAUCGAUCCGGAGUACGCCAAGAACCUGCAGUGGAUCCUGGACAACGACAUCAGCGACCUGGGCCUGGAGCUCACCUUCUCUGUGGAGACGGACGUGUUCGGGGCGAUGGAGGAGGUGCCGCUCAAACCCGGAGGCACCAGCAUCCUGGUCACCCAGGACAACAAGGCCGAGUACGUGCAGCUGGUGACGGAGCUGCGGAUGACACGAGCCAUCCAGCCUCAGAUAAACGCCUUCCUACAAGGAUUCCACACCUUCAUCCCUCCCUCACUCAUCCAGCUGUUCGACGAAUACGAGUUGGAGCUCCUGCUGUCAGGGAUGCCAGAGAUCGAUGUGCAAGACUGGGUUAGGAACACCGAGUACACCAGUGGUUACGACACUCAGGAGCCCAUCAUCCAGUGGUUCUGGGAGGUGGUGAAGAGCCUGACCCAGGAGGAACGGGUUCUUCUGCUGCAGUUUGUCACUGGAAGUUCCAGGGUUCCUCACGGGGGGUUUGCCUUCCUGAUGGGCGGCAGCGGUUUACAGAAGUUCACUGUUGCUGCGGUGGCGUUCACCUCCAACCUCCUUCCUACCUCUAGCACCUGUAUCAACAUGCUGAAACUCCCAGAAUACCCGAGUCAGGAGGUCCUGAGGGACCGGCUGCUGGUCGCGCUGCACUGUGGGAGCUACGGGUACACCAUGGCCUAACGUCUGUACAUCCCACCGUCACACACUUUUUUUCCCCAGACAGACACAGAGAAAACACAAAAAGGAAAAUCCAGAUUCUUGAUGAGCUAAUGAAGAGGCACGACAGACUGAACGGGAAGCCAGAGGUUCCGGAUCUCCACUCGAACUUUAUUUUCUUUUUACGUUUUGAUCGAAGCUGGUAACACGGUAAAUUAUGCAAAGUAUAAUAUAAUAUCCUUCAGAUUUGACAAUUUCCAAGCAUUUAAGAAGAAGAAACAACAGCAUUUAUAUAAAAAAUGAACUCUCUCUCCUUCAGACAUGGGAUACUGAUCCAAUAUAGAGCGUUUAUGUACACGCAGGCUGACUGAAUGUCAAAUAUGGAUUCAGUUUGAGGAGACGCCCGUACGAAGAAAAUGUAGAAUCGAUCCGUUUUUUUUAAACAUACAAUCACACAGCAUCAUAUUCAUAUCACAGCUUCACCAGGCAGAUUUCUUGAAGGCGCCUGCAUCAGGCCCCACCUAUCAGUCAAAUAAAUCUUUUCUAUUUUUUUCCUCAA